AUGAACUCGGAGAAUCUCUCAAACCAAACAACAGACGACUUGCACCGCCGCCUCGAGAGCUACAUUGUCAAAAAAAAGAAGUUAGAAUUUGAGCUCCACUCGAUAGAAAAGAAGAUAUAUGCAUACGAAGGCCUGCUGCUCGAUGAAAACGGGAGCAAAGGCCUUUUCAGAAAAGUGGACAGCUACGGAGUGCGCAAAGAGAGGAAAGUGGGCAUCAACGACUGCGACCGCCCUUUCUCCAUGGACCUCCCGAGAAACAUAGAGAGCAAGCCGUCUGAUAGCGUGUAA